CGUUCGUGUACCCACGUGUGUCUCCUAUAUUCAGGCAGGCACCGACUCAUGGCGCAAAGCACGGCAAUAGACUGGGCUCAGUUAUCCACGCAUCUCGCCCAGCAAGUGUCUCAGCUUCCAGUCCUGUCGUCUACGGCCCAUGUUUCGGUCGCCUACAAGUCUUUCAUCCCUGUUUGCCAGCCAGUGUGCUGGCAAGAAUUCGAGCAGCGAAGUUUCAGACUUAUUGGCGACCACAAUACUGUCACAUCACUCAGUAAAGCCUUGUCUGACUGCUAUGAUGAUGCCGUUCGAGAUAUCAGAUCGGACGCCCAAGUCAGUGCUGCCAAAAUAAUAGCUAUUGCAGACACAAGCCAUGACAGUGAUCUGAGCAAGCUCGCACAUCGAUUAUGCACAGCUCUCGAAGAUCGUGCGCAGGCUGAAAUGCACAGAGCCGUAAACCUGUUCUCGCGCGAAGGCCUCAAAAUCGUCAAAGCAGCAUAUGCGCGCCCGACGCCUGCAAUAGAUUCUACCGGGACCUUCAACCCACGCGUGGCUGCCCUACUAGAAGCAGCAUGGCAACAGUCCAAUAAGCUCACACCAGCCGAAAAGGAGUGCCUCGCAGCAGCAACAGGCCUCAAAUCGCGUCAAGUCUCCGUCUGGUUUGCCAAUGCUCGCCAGCGUCGUAAGAGGGCGGGCAGCGCGAAACAACCGCAGAAAAGCGCCUAUAAGCCUGCAAAAUACAAGUCGACUUGUUCUGACGACGCCACCGAUGACGAGGCGGAUGCGGAUUGGGAAGCUAUGGAGGAGGAAGACGAAGCUUCGCCCGAGCAAGAGACGCCUGCUCCUAAUCACGUCAAAGCGGAAAGUCCCAGCAAUGAAGCUGUACAAGGCGAGUAUAAAAUUGCGAACGAUUCUGGCGCACUUGGCUAUACCUCUGUCGCUUGGUCUCGCGAAUCGUCCGUUGCGUCGGAAUGUAUUGAUCAGGCCAUCAGCACUAUCGACGAAGCCAUCUGCCUGCAGGAAUGGGACUUCAACGCUGCUCACACUCAGGUAGCGGAAGGACCGUUCAUCAAAGCCAACGCCGGCGAACUCACUCUGGCGCCCUAUCCCCUCGAUGCCCUGCGUCAAUCGCUCAAGCAAGAGUCGUCAUACGACGAGCUCGAGUCUGAGAUGGCAGCUUACUGGGAUCGUGUCGUCGCUUUACCUGCGAUGGACUACUCACCGGCUCAUCAGUUUGCUGAGCUGCCCCAUCUUGGCGAUCAAUUUGACUUUACCAUACCUGGCAAUGCCUUUAAAUGCCUUUAACUCGCUUGGCUCGCCCAUCGCCGCCUAGCAUUUGCCUCUUCAGGCUCGCUUGAUACUUAUUUCGCAUUCUGUCAUUCGCAUCUAUACCUCGCAUCUGCACAUAUACAUCCUCACACUCGCAUCUCAUCUGUUCGACGCCCAACUAUUCGCACUAACGCAUUCUCGCAAUCUCUGUCGACGGCUGUUUCGUAGCUCGCAUUACCCACUCGUUUGCAUCCGUCGCAUCAUCUCCUGCCAUCUGCUUAUUGCUACCUACGACUGCAUCUCGCAUCUCGCAACUGACGUCUGGCAUACUCUGCAUUGCAUUGCUCGCAU